AGGAGAGUGGGGUUGGUUUGUUUGUCUGUGUGUGCAAUUGUUGUAAUAAAUGAUAAAUCGUGUGGACUAUGACUUGUGAUUUCUUUCUUUUUAUUUCUUCAAAACCUCACUCACUCCCGCCAACACCUUUCAUUGCCCUCGCUUCUCGUCCUUCAUUUGAACACUCACUCACUCUAUAAUAAUAAUUGUUUUUCUCGUCUCCUCAAUUUCUUGUGUGUUUGGAAGAUUCGAGAAGCAGCUGCAGCAACAUGAGUGCGGUGAACAUCACCAACGUGACAGUCCUCGAUAACCCUGCUUCAUUUCUCAAACCUUUUCAGUUCGAGAUUUCCUACGAGUGUUUGGCCGCUCUCAAAGACGAUUUGGAAUGGAAGCUCAUUUAUGUUGGAUCUGCUGAGGAUGAGACUUAUGACCAAUUAUUAGAGAGUGUUCUUGUUGGUCCUGUCAAUGUUGGAAACUACCGCUUUGUUUUACAGGCAGAUCCACCGGACCCGUCAAAGAUUCGUGAAGAAGAUAUCAUUGGUGUUACGGUGCUUCUACUGACCUGCUCUUAUUUGGGUCAAGAGUUUAUUCGCGUUGGUUAUUAUGUCAACAAUGACUAUGAUGAUGAGCAGCUGAGAGAGGAACCUCCAACAAAGGUUUUAAUUGAUAAGGUUCAAAGGAAUAUUUUAUGUGAUAAACCAAGGGUCACAAAGUUUCCCAUCAAUUUUCACCCUGAGAACAAUGAAAAUGAAGAGAAACCCCCUCCAUCUGAGCAACAACCAGAAACUGGAAAUGGUCAAGUGGCUGUAGCUGAUUGUGAUCCCCCAAAUGAGGGGGAUUCUAACAUUUUGUAGGUAUACAGGCCUUUCAACUCUCCAAUGUCCAACUUUACAUUGCCUGUACGGAUUAAGAUGCUUUUUGUGAAUCUCUUAUGGAUGAAGUUGAUGAUAUGACUCAUGAAUACUUUUGGAAGUAGGAAGAGCCUUUGAAUUACUAGGUUCAAGAUGUUUGUAAUGUGUGAAAACCAGUUUCUAUCCACAAAGCUUUGCAAUACAAAUCCAAUUUCAUUAGUUCUUGCGUUUCACAUAAUGAGCAAA